GCCCCGCCCCCUCCCGGAUGGGUGCGUGCCCCGCGCGCAGCUCCCCCCGGUCCCGGGCACAACCGCGUUUUAACGUCCCCCGGCGCGGAGCGGGGGCUGGGAGGCGCCGCCCUCGGCCGGUCCCCCACAGCGCUCUCCGCGCCCCCGCCCCCGCCGCGCCUGCGCACUGCGAGCGAUUGUGUUUGGCUGGUUUCUGGGGCAACGAAGCCGGCGCUUGGGCUUCGGCGUGUAGGGAGAAGAUGAAGCUGAAGCGACUCCUGCUGCGAUAUUACCCGCCGGGCAUUAUUUUGGAAUAUGUUCAAGGUGGUGAAUUGAAGACCAAAUCCAUAGAUUUACUUGAUCUCAGUCCUAGUACAGAUGUAGGCAUCUUAGUAGAAGAAAUCCGAAAAGCAGAACCUCUCAUCACAGCUUCGCGCAAAGAGCAGGUCAUACAUUUAAUACUAAGGUUACAAGAGAAGCUUGGACAACAAGAGGACCACAAGUUCUAUCUUUUUAAGGUGCUUAGGGCACAUAUAUUGCCACUGACCAAUGUAGCAUUUAACAAAUCUGGUUCCUGCUUUAUCACUGGUAGCUACGACAGAACAUGCAAAAUAUGGGACACAGCAUCAGGAGAGGAGCUACGUACAUUGGAGGGACACAGAAAUGUGGUCUAUGCAAUAGCUUUCAAUAAUCCUUAUGGUGACAAGAUUGCCACUGGAUCUUUUGAUAAAACCUGCAAAUUAUGGAGUGCAGAAACAGGAAAAUGUUAUCAUACCUUCAAGGGACACACCGCAGAAAUAGUUUGUUUAUCAUUUAAUCUUCAAAGCACUCUGAUAGCAACUGGAAGCAUGGAUACGACAGCCAAACUAUGGGAUAUCGAGAAUGGAGAGGAAGUGGUCAUGUUAACUGGGCACUCAGCAGAAAUUAUUGCAUUGUCAUUUAAUACCACAGGAGAUAGGAUCAUCACUGGCUCCUUUGACCACACAGUUGCAGUGUGGGAUGUUGGCACUGGCAGGAAGAUGCAUACUUUAAUAGGUCAUCGGGCAGAGAUUAGUAGUGCACAAUUCAACUGGGACUGCUCUCUAAUUGUUACUGGAUCAAUGGACAAAACAUGCAUGCUGUGGAGUGCUGUGACCGGGAUACGUGUGGCAACUUUAACAGGUCAUGAUGAUGAAGUAUUAGAUGUGUGUUUUGAUUAUACUGGCCAGCGUAUUGCAACUUCCUCAGCUGAUGGAUCAGCAAGAGUUUACAAUGCUGAAACGAAAAAAUGCAUUGCAAAGCUGGAAGGUCAUGAAGGUGAAAUUUCUAAGAUCUGCUUCAAUCCUCAAGGUAGUCGUAUCCUAACAGCCAGCUCUGACAAAACAGCUCGACUUUGGGAUCCUCAUACAGGACAAUGCAUUCAAAUAUUAGAGGGACACACUGAUGAGAUAUUCUCAUGUGCUUUCAACUACAAAGGCGAUAUAAUCAUUACAGGAAGCAAGGAUAACACCUGUAGGAUAUGGCGCUGACUGAAGAUGAGGUAUGGCUCAAUUUGCUAGAAGCUUUGAUCAACAUCAUAAGAGUAGUCAAAAAUCAGCAGUCUUUCAGAACUUUGUUUUCCUUUUGUCCUCUUUGCCAGUUUUCAGUCUUGCUGAAGUAGAGCAGUUCCCUGGACUUUGACAGGUUUGACUCUUUGGACUACUGAAGUCAGCUAGUUAUCUAUAUCAUUAGCACUAAUACAAUAAGUUAGCUGCAUGUUUUGACAGGCAUGUUUGUUUUUACAUGUAACAUUUGUAAUAAAAAAUAGCAUCAUGGUAUUAUUAAAUGUGUAAGGGGCAUCAUUUGCACAUCUCCUGUAUGUGUUUCUAUACUACAUGUACUUUUUUGUAUGUAAUAAAAUGUUUCGCUAAA